AUGGGAGAUGCCACAUUAACAGGUUACCAAGUUAUCAGACAGCAUGAUGCUGAGGAUACCAUGAUUUCAAACCUGCAGAGUUACGGUCCUAUGGCAGUCUGCAUCAACGUGGACGACUCAAUCUACUACUACAAGAGCGGCUCUAUUAGCUCGUGUAUUGGGGAGGAUUGUAACCACCUUGUUACUUUAGUGGGGUACGAUGCUGACAUUCUUAUCAUCAAAAACAGUUGGGGAACAGGUUGGGGUAUUGAGGGGUACCUUAAACUACAGAGAGGGUGCACUGGCGAGUCAGGGUACUCGUACUGGGCAUCCUACCCCUACAUAGUGUCUAGUAGUGGAGGUGGGAGUGAUGAUCCUACGGAGGAGCCCACCCCUACAUCAGAGUCAGACUCUGAGGAGAUGUUUGCUGUUGUCAUGGACCAGACUCGCAUUGUCAAGAAGAAGGAUUAUGUUUUAAGUGAAGGGGUUCAAGUUGGAGACAUUUUUUCUAUUAAAGGGACAGAAAUAUCAUCGUCCUCUAAGAAGUGGUUUGUGAACAUAUUUAGCGGGAAUAACAUAGUGUUCCACAUUGACUUCCAAAGGAGCAAGAACAAGUACAAAAUGAAUCACAGAGAGAACGGAGUCUGGGGAAACAAAAUAGCAGGUGACUACCCGAGCUCCGUUGAAGAGGACGGUUACUUCACCCUGGAGAUAACGGUAACGGAGGAAGGGUUUGAGAGCUCCGUUAAUGGGCUGGUACUGAAACCGUGUACUCACAAGUUGGAUGUCAGCACUGCAGAUGAGGUAGAAGUAGGAGGACCAGCUGCAGAGUACAUCUCACUUACACAGCUCCGACCUGACACUACUACUGCAGCUGGAGGAAGUAAUGACGACAGUGAUGACGACAGUAAUGACGACAGUGAGCCCUGUUACGAUUACCAAAUGUACUGUGAUUACUGGUCUAAACAGGGUAACUGUGACGAUGCUGAGUACUCAGACUGGAUGGGGGAGAACUGUCAGAAGUCCUGUAGAAUCUGCUAGUGUUUCGACCAAAGUGGAAUCAUUUGAAAAUCUUAUUAUUGUUUUGUAUUGUUAUCUUUUAGAAUCUUAUCAUUGUUUUUGAUAGUUUUGGUAAUUUCUAAAUAAUAAGCAGCUAUAAAUUAUCCACAUAACUGAAUGUAAGUACAUACAUAUUAACAGAUUUAGCAGGGUAACAUAAAGUUAUUAUUCCAAACAAACUUAACGGCCAGCGCUAACAUUAUAUUUUCAAAAUGCAAACAUUCAAUAUUUUACAAUCUUUCAACUGUAAAGCGAACAAACUUAUAUUUUACUUU